UAGCAACUUCAUAAAAAUGACUUCAAUGCAAACUUGUGUAAAUUGGCAAUCGACGAAGAAGACUGCGUUAGAAAGAAACCGUCAUAUGCUGAACAAUUCUGAGUUCAGUGACAUAAGUUUUACUUGCCAAGGUUCACAGAAGGUAUUCUAUGCUCACAAGUAUGUCCUUGCUACAAGCAGCGCCGUGUUUAAUGCUAUUCUCUAUGGUGAUUCUGGAGAAAAGAUAUCCAAUAUUCAUCUCAACGAUACAGAUGAGAAAAGCCUGGAGGAAUUUUUGACGUUCCUCUAUACAGAUAACUGUAAUCUAACGCCGAGCACUACCGUAUCUGUGGUGUAUCUCUCUAAGAAAUACAACGUGCCUGCGCUGACAGAGUAUGUAAAAUGUCGUCUAGCAAGGGACAUGGAUCCUGGGAAUGUACUGAGUGUUUUAGAUCUAGCAAUCCAUUUUGAAGAGAGUGAUUUGGAAGAAAAAUGUUGGCAAGUCAUAGAAUGGCGUACGUGCGAGGUGAUUGCUUCGAAGAAUUUCAAUAACGUCAGCCGAAAGACGUUGGCGAGCUUGUUGAGGCGUAACCACUUAAUGAUACCCGAAGUUGAAUUAUUUCAGGCUGUCUUAAAGUGGAUCGAUUUUCAAUGUUCACAGAAAGGUUUUCACCCGACCAUUGAAAACAGAAGAUGGGUUAUUGGUGAGGCGAUUUACGACUUAAGAUUUCUGGCUAUGACUCAGGAAGAGUUUGCGAAACACGUUUCAAAAUCCGGUUUGCUUUCCACAGAGGAACUAGUUCCAGUUUAUGAAAAACUUAACAAUCUCGAGUCUGCAUUGUUGAAAUGGAAACUGCCCGAGAGAGAAAAAACGUUAAAUGCCACGAAAGAAAGGAUUCGUAUAUCAAGAUUUUCUAAGCACGAUUAUUAUUCGCCAAGUAGGGAUCUGAGUGAAUACCAAUUAAGAAAACAAAGAUACCUUCUAGAUACUCUCUCUUUCUCUGUUGAUCAGUACGCAUUAUUUCUCGGUGUGCAAUUGUUUGGGAAUUCAUCUCGAAAAUCAAAAGAAGGUGAUAUUCGUUACACACCAUUUACAUUGCUUAUCAAUGACAAGUAUAUAAAAAACGCUGCUGUCAUUCCGAUAAUCGAAGACGACAUUCUAUACGUUGAUGUGUUCUUCGAGUUUCCCAUUUUGAUAAAAAAAGAUGAAGUAGUAAAGAUGGGUCUUCGUGACCAAACUUCACAAGCUUCAGAAGUUUCACACUUAGGAUGGCGUGGAAAACCAACGGUAACCGUGAAUGGGAUAACCGCCACUUUCUUUGAUGUUUCCUUCGGCGAACGAACCUGUGUGUCCAAGGGACAGUUCCAUCAGAUCAUAAUUUCAGUUUAAACGUGUGUUGAAUAUGUGCUAGAGCACAGUUAAGACUAGAUUACAAAAAUCGGAAGAUAUAUCGACUGUCCUUUGUAUUUAUACAACUGAUUACUCAAAAAAUUACUGGGGCCCGUUGUAUAAAAAGGUAGUUAAAUUUUAACUAUAGUUAGUGGCAGAAUUGGCCAAUGGGAAUAAUGUAAUCUCUAGUUAACUACGAUUUAACUACUUAAAUGUAGUUAAGAGUUUUAUACAACCGGCCCCAGUACAUAUACUGGCAUGCAUGGUUACAUUAUCAGUACGGUAUAUCCAUUGGCAAUAAACAUUAAACCGAUGAUAAAGAGCAAGGUGUGAGCAGCUAGCAUUUGAAUAAAAUGACAUCAUAGCCAGGUAAUCAAUAUUGUGUGGUUUUGGUGCUAAUGGCCUUUUGGGCACCUCUUCCCUGCCUAUGAUUAAAUUGACAAAUAUUGAACAGAUUUAACUCAUUAUUUAACAAUUUAAUGACAAACCAGUUAGUU